AUGCAGCCAGCCACGGAGCCAGCCACGGAGGAGGCGUCCGUGACGGACUCGGACUCCGCCUCUGUCCCGCCCAGCGUCAAGACGACGCCCAGCAGCAGCAGCGCCGAGCGCAUCGAGAUUGGGGAGGGCCCUCGCACGCCGCAGCGCGUCGUGGCCUCGUACACUUGCCGCGGCAUGUCGCUGCUCUUCCGCAUCUCGCUGCUGGCGGCGGGCGUCUUCUUCGGCCUCGUCGUGGUGGUCGCCCUGCCCAUGCUCCUCACCGACGCGUACGUCCAGAUCUCGUGGCCGCUGGCGUACGGCGCGCUGUUUGCGUUCCUGUCGCAGCUGUCGUCGCUGGGCAAGGGGAUCCAGAAGAUCGGGGUGCAGUCGCUGCCGGAGAUGUCCUUCCGGCGCGACGUGCUGCUAAAGUACGCAAAGUCACCCACCUGGCGGAUCGGCUUUCUGAUGGACAUCAGCGGCGCUGUCUUUGGGCUCGCGGCGCUGACCAUCCUACCCAUCUCGAUCGCGCAGCCCAUCUUUUGCAACGGGCUGGUCUUGCUCGCCCUGUACUCGCACCUCUACCUCGACGAGCAGCUCGGCGCGCGAGAUCGCCGCGAGAUCGCCGCGAGAUCGCCGCGAGAUCGCCGCGAGAUCGCCGCGAGAUCGCCGCGAGGCACCGUCGUCCUCGACGAGUCGUGGCCCGCGCAGCCGCGCAUGUCGAUGCUCCGCCAGAUGGCCUUCCUGCUCAUCUUCUGGGGCGUGCUCACCCUCAACGGCCAGCGCGCCGCCGCCGCCAUCCAGCGCGGCGCAGGAGCGGCGUUUGGGAUGGCCGGCGGCGCAGGCGGCGAGCGGCCGCCGCCGACGCCGACGCACAAGCGACACCUCUCGGACCCACCGCUGCAAGGCAUCGACCUGCACAAGCUGCGCAACACCGCCUCGCCGCAGCGCUGA